AUGCUAAUCUCUCGGCCAUUUUGCUUUAUGCAGAUGCAAUGGGAUUUCGAUCUGAAAGACGAUGAUCUUUCUUCCCUUCUGGAGGUCCGUUUGAGAGAGAGGGGCUUGGAUAUAGCAAGAGGUCCUGACGAGACCAUCGAGGAAAAUGUACGAAGACAUCUAGAGUUUGCAUUGAACGUAAGUUUUCUUGUAGGACUAUGUGUAAAGCAGACAGCUGUACAAACUCUUCAAGAUAUGUUUGAAGUUAGUGGUAUAGGACGCUGUGAGCGACUAUUUGGGAUUCUGGAAGAAAAUAUGGUUCAAUUUAAACAGUCACCUCUUGUUGAAACAUCACAGACACCUAUACUGCGAAUGUGUAACGAUCUUCUCAAAAGACUCAGUAGAAGUGCUGAAACGUCAUUUUGCGGCCGCAUCUUGUUCUUCCUUAGCAGGUAUCUCCCGUUAAGCGAGAAGUCGGGCCUGAAUUUGAUGGGACAUUUCAACACUCAAAAUGUGACAAAAUUCGAUACAGUGAGUAAAUUUGUACUCUGCACCUACAUAGAAGUCAAUAUACCUGUCGACCAUGCGCUGUACUCAAUGUUUUGGCAGAUGCAAUCCUUUUUCUCCAACCCAACUAUUUGUUUCGAUAAACAGCAAUGGGUAACGUUUCAAAAGUUGUGGGCUGGUGAAUUGGGUCCCUCAACCUUGCCUUCGACAUUAAAUUCGGUUUUAAUAAGCGAUAAUAGAGCCAAACAGUGGGUUUAUACUUAUUUAUUUUGUUCGAUUCAAACUAAGUUUGUCAAUGAGAGUCAGGAGAAAUGUUAUCGUCUGCUGCGAGAAACCCAUCCGAAAGGGGCACAUUUUGCAGAAAGUGUCAAGCACAUUCUUCAACGGGAACUAGAAUGGGCAAGGUGGAAAAGUGAAUCAUGUCCAAAUAUGGCGGACCUUGCCGAUAAGCAGCAAAUGCAGCCGUACAAAAAACGGCCGCGAAUCAAAUUUGAUCCCGCUGAAAUUGACAUUGGAACUCCUGAAUUGACGAAAUUGUGGAGCAUUGAACCAAAUCUACUGGCUGCUUGCCGGAAUAAAAAGCGAAAAUUCGCUCCCUCUCUGGCUGAUUUCCUUCGUGAUCCAAUAGAUGAACUCGACCCUGAGCAACAAGUAGAAGAUCAAUAUAAAUCAACACGUGAUCCUGCGUUCCAGUUUCGCGCUUGCCGACUGCUUAUGGUCGAAAGCUCACAGUAUAUAUCUGCUCAAAACCAACAAACCCUCAGUAUACCUCAAUUUUUGGAUAAUGUGAUAUUAAGAACAGGAAAGAAUAUGGAGGUGAGGAAUCGCCAAAUUUCACCCGAAAAAGCGACGGGCAUAGGGGCAUAA